UUAUGAUCAGUCUAUCAAUGCCUCAUCCAAGAUGUAUGUAACAGAUUCUGUCAUCCGGAGUUCACCCAGACCAUGAUCACAGGGGCCAGGCAGGAUAAUCCAGUAGUAUGUUGGUGACGGCUAUUCUCUGCUCCUUCAUCCUAGGCAUUGUGGUAACAUUGAUCAUUCAGUUCCUCAUCUUCAAAUAUCAGCUCAGUCACACCCCAGUGGAACCAAUCAAACAUCGGCCACAGUUCACCGACUUCAAACUGCCAAAGGACUUGUUGGCUGCUGCAAAUGAAAGUAAAAAGAAAGAGCAGAAAGAGAGUUGUCUGGCCUUCAACCUGAUCAUCAGUUUCUUGUUUAGAGAACUGAAGGAUAAAAAGCUAAUUAGAAGAUGGGUAAUCAAGAAAAUGAACACAGAAUUUGCAGAACUGAUGCAAAAAACAGCUGGAAGAAUACUGGAACAGAUAACAGUUCAAGAAUUCAAUUUAGGCUCAACAUUCCCAGUCAUCAAGUCAGUAACUGUCAAAGAUACCCAUAUAGAAAAUGAUGCAAUAGAUAAAUUAGACAUAGAAGUUGACCUAGAUUAUAAAGGAGGAUUCCAGUUAGCUCUCGGAAUUGACCUAGUUCUUGGAAAGCAUGUGUCUCUAUCGGUCACUGUUACAAGUCUUCGGGGGCGGGCGAGACUACAGUUCUCUCAUAAGCCCUACACUCACUGGUCUUUCUCCUUUUAUGAGGAGCCCCAGAUUGAUUUCCAGGUGGAGUCCAAGUACGGAGGGAGGGCCACACCCCAACUUACUUCACUUAUAAUCACACAGAUAAAAAGGACCAUUAGGAAGAAACAUACUCUACCUAACUACAAGUUUAGGAUGAAGCCAUUCUUUACUCCCCCACCACCCAGAGUGCCUCAGAAGGAUCUCUAUGUGAACGGCACUAAGAUAGGUCAAGGGAAACUGACUGUUAUGAUCAAGAGCUGUUCACGGUUGAUUGAUGUUCCAGCAGAUUCCAUGCUCUACUGCACAUUAUCCAUUGAUAGCUGUCCAUGGCUGGAGUUGCUUGAAAAGAAGAAGAAGAUCUGGGUAAUACAAGAUGUAGAAAUCAUAAAAGGUUCUGCAGAAUCAGCAGGACUCAGCUUAAAAGAGGAUUUUUUACUGGACAAAUAUGAGGAUGUUGUUGUGGUGGACUUUGUAACUCCUGGAUCCCCUGCUGACCAAUCAGACAUUAGAAAGGGAGAUGUUUUGACAUUUGUUAAUCAUGUGAAGGUCACAAAUUCUAAACAAGCUGCCAAAUUAUUCAAGAAUGCUGGAGAGAGGUUUCUGGUGAGAAUAGAAAGGGCAAAGAUGAAAAAUCAUCCUCCUGUUGACCUUCAAAUUAUCGAAGAUAAUGUUAGUCUCAAGGAUUUUCCCCAGAAUGAGAAUCAGAAAACAUCCGAGAGCUCUGAAGACUUUGUCAACAUCAGUAUAAACCCCCACCAGGGGGAAAAAAGUUCAUUUACCCUCCCCUCCCCAUCCAGCAGUCCACAGAAAAGGGUUUUAGACUUGGUAAACACUGGCCUUGGAAAAGGAAAGAAUCUUCGAAGAGGGAGGCAGAAAAGUAAUACAAUUCACGAAGCCCCGGCCAACUUACAGCCUGCAUCACAAACCAGUCCUAAGCCGGUCAGGAGGAAUGUAUCAGAUAAGAACCUGUCUGCUCUUGGAACUUCACCUUCUGGAUCCUCCUUUUCUGAGGUGAUGGAUCUCAAGGGGCGGAGUCAAAGUGAUGUAUCGUCUUUGAGGUCUCUGGAAUCAGCUGAUGUACAACUUAAUGAAGACACAGAAGAUGAAGAUGACAGUACUGAUGUCAUUCAAACAAUAGAAAUUCCUUCAAGCCAAAAUCCUGUGUGGAAUGAAACAUUCACAUUCAAUGUUGGUGCUGAUGAGAAGUUCCUGAAUGUGUGUGUGUCAUGUAAAAUACCAGAAAAACUAGACAAACAGAACAAAGUCAUCAAACCCUCAAAAGUCUCUCCUAUAGGACAGGUCAGUCUCUCACUUCUGGACAUAUGCCUUGACUGCCUGAUGACGUUACAGGGCGAUACUCAGCAGACAGUGCCCUUGGAACCAACAGAGGCUAGGGCAGGGGCCAGUCGGAGCAAGUUCUCCUCAUAUUCAGGUCACCCAGGUUUUGACCCCAAUCUGUGUUUUGGUGACAUAACUAUGACAUUUUGCCACAGUCCAAAUGAUCUGAAGGAGAAAGACCUGAAACAUUUAACUAGGAAGCUCCCAGAAGCAGUGCCAAAAAAUCUGAAAAAUGAGGAAAAAUCUGCUGUGUGUAGAAAAGAGGGAACCCCAGGGAAUGCCCUUAAAAAGAUUGAAAAAGGAAAACAUGAUUUAAUACUCACAAACUUUGAAACAGCAACUUUUUGCAACUACUGUGGGAAGAAGAUUUGGUUGAAACAAGCCUUUUUGUGUUCCUUGUGCAAAAGGAAUUGUCACAAGAAAUGUGCAGAAAAGUAUCAAACAGAGACAAUUUGUACUGAAUCUGGACCAAUGAAGCGAUCAGAUCCUAAAACGAUCUGGAAACCUUUACAGAUCAAGUCAGACAGAAAAAAGAAUGUCCCAGAUACCAGCAGCAAUUUAUUCAGUAAAUUUACGCAGAAAAAGACAACAUCUAAGCCACAGUCAUCCCCUCACAAACCAACCACCCCCACUUAUCCCCUCCCCUACACCUUGUCUCCAAGCAUUAGUCCCACUUUUGCACGCAGACGCAAUUCAGCGCCUAACACAGAAAGUCUGACCAGCGAGAGCACGGUUUCACAGUCUGGGGAUUCCAUCUCUAUGACACAGACACAAUCAUCUGGGUCACUUCAGAGCUUUGUCACAAAUUUACCCAAUCGUCAAUCUGAUGAACUAAGCACAAAGAGUAAAGGCUCGGCUAACUCGGACUACGACACCUCAGAUGAGUCGGAUCUGGAGAUGGAGGAGAUAAUCAGUGGAAUGAGGAGGAAACAGAGGGGGCAGAAUCUGGAUGAAAUGGUGGUCAUGUCUGCCAAGGAAAUGGGAAAAGAGUUAUAUGCAGAACUCUCUUUGGAAGAAAGAAAAGCAAAGCUAGAUGCUAUGGUUUUUAAACUGCAAAAAGAAAUUGAUGAGGAAUCUGAAAAUAAAAAUGAGUUGACAAAGGUGCUAGAGGAAUCAAUUGACGUAGCUCAGAAGGAAUUGUUACGACAUCAAAUUAAAAAAUCUGAUGAGAAAGUAGAAGCCAUGAUGAUGGUGAUGUUGCAUUACUGUGCAGGACUUCAGUAUUGUCUGGACCAAGAACAAGAAGAGAAGCAGAGAAAAGCCAGCACUGAUCUGUCGUCUGCUGGCCAUGAUAAAGGUGAUCAUGAGGAUCAGCCAGUCAAAGAGAGAAAAGACAGUGAAUUAAAACCUUCCAAGGGUUUGAAGACAGAGGGAGAUCCAAAUUCCUAUCCUUCUAUAUCAGUGGAAGUUGCAAGCUCCCCAGAAGAAGAUAUGGAAGACUUAACAAUGUUUCCUGAGAUGGAAGAUGACUCAAUGCACAAGGAAAAUGCUUCUUGUUUGGAGCAAGAUUCUGGAAGUUCUGUUCAACUGCAGGGGGAAAGUAUUUUAAAGUCAAAAAAGACUGACAAUCAAAAAAGAUUUUACUCCACUGACAAUGAUGCUUUUGCAUCACUGAAGCACCCAGAGGAAUUUGUGGAUGAAGAAGACAUUCUAGCAGAUGUAAUUAACACUGUCACAGAGAUCAUUGAAAAGUCUGAAGGGGAGACAGAUUCUAGUGACUUUGAGGAUACAAUAAAACAUUCCACUAAUUGAACUGAUAUUUAUUGCUAGAUACAUGUACAAAAAAAUUAUCCACUGAUUAAAGUGAUUGCUUUCUCUGUUAACAUUGAUGUGUUAGAAAUGGUUAUGUUGACAUUGCAAAGUCAGGUAUACAUUUCCUUGUUAUGAAUUAUAACUUCAUGUGCUUUAUGUGACACAAAGGGUACCAAAAUAAGGAGACAACACUUAUCACAUUAUAAUGGUGAACCUCCAGGGAAAAGUUGGAGUUGCUUCAUUAAAUCUCCAUAUUCUUCUACAAAUUAAUAUUUUAACAUAUAUUGUGUAGGACAAAAAUGACUGUCAUAAACUUCUGUUUACUAUAUAAGCCUAUUUGCUUAAAAAUUACAUAACUGACCUUCAGUUUUUUUAAAAUUUUAAAUAGCAUCUAAGAAAUAUCUGUGUUUAAUUGUUUGUGAUUUUAAAAGCUUAUUGUGAUAUAGGAAUUGUGAUUUAAUUAACAGCCAUACUGUAGCUCUCUGGAGGACCCAAAGUUUAGGAUUGGU